AUGGCCGCCUUCAACGACAAGGUUGCGGAGCUCCUCGCGGCCCUCGAUCGCGUCGACCUCUCGCGCGAAGCUGGCACGCUCGCCGCCGACUAUGAGCGCCCGAUGCGCUUCGACAACCCAGCGAGCCCGACGCCCGAGCCUGCGACGUCAGCGGACGAGGCCAUGCCAUGCGACGCGCCGAAGCAUCCAGGCGACGACCUCGACAGCGACGUGAGCGACGAUGAGAACGCGCCGCCCGUACCAGAUGAGCUCUAUGGCGAGACACUCGACGACGAAGACGAAGCCUACGUCCAGGAUAACCUGCGCGGCACAUCGGACGCACCCAAGGACGCUGCGUUGAGCUGCCCGUGCUGCUUUCUCGUCGUCUGCUACGCCAGCCAGCGGCACGACCGCUACGAGACGCAGUACCGGUCGGAGAAGCCCGUCAAUUGCCGCGUCCAGAAGGAGACUGUCUACUACUACGAGCAAAACAAGCUCCAGACGUCGCGCGCCGGCAGCAACGACGAAGCCUACUACGCGGUCGUGUGCUCCGACUGCGAAACGAUUGUCGGCGUCAAGCCCGUCACCACCGCGCCGGGACAGCCCGCCUACACCCACUUCUUCCAGGUCCUUCCCAGCCAUAUUUAAACAGCGCUUUUCCCAG